AUGAGGAACGCCUCGUCGGCCGUCUCCCAGGUGGACGACUUACCCAGCAGCCCCGGCGGUCAGUUCACCUUCCGCCCGCUGCCGCCGCCGCCGCCACCGCCGCACGCCUGCACCUGCGCGCGGCCGGCGCCCUACGCCCAGGUCAGCCUGCAGAGGAAGACCAUGCCCACGCGGUGCCCGAGCAGCCACCAGGGCGGCCAGCCGGGCACUGAGAGCGGCACCAACGUGGACCCAGCGCAGCUCCACAACAGCUGGGUGCUCAACAGCAACAUCCCCCUCGAGACCAGGCACUUCCUGUUCAAGCAGGGCUCCGGUUCGUCGGCCCUGCUCUCGGGGGCGGGGCAGGGCUACCCGCUGACCUCCGGCACCGUGUACUCGCCGCCGCCGAGGCCGCUGCCCCGCGGCAGCGUCACCCGGCCGCUGUUCACCUUCAACAAGCCCCACCGCUGCUGCAACUGGAAGUGCACCGCGCUGUCGGCCUCCCUGCUCACCCUCACCCUGGCCCUGCUGCUCACCUACGUCAUCGGUGAGUACCCCCCUCCCAACACAGUCCAACGCCCAUCCACCCUCCAGACCCCCCCUCCCAACUAGGGAGCGACCGAUACAUCGGGCCGAUAUUAGCGUUUUUUUUAUUGUCCGGCUGCUGUAUUCGCCGAUAGUUUUUACCUGUAACAUUUGUUAUCAUCAUUGUGCAAUUUUUAUGAUGCAAAUUGAGGGAGCAAAAGUAGUUUCGGCUCCAAAUACCGGCUCAAGGUAAUCGGCAGCCCGUGUCGGUCGUCGGCUAAGGCUGAUAAAAAAUAAUCGGUAUCGGCAUCGGCCCUGAAAAAUCCCCAUCGGUCGAACCCUAAACACCAUCCACCCUUCAUCCCCCCAACCCCUGCCCCACAGUAGCCGCGUUUACAUGGCACAUCUGAUCCGCAUCGAUUUCUAUGCGGCAUAGAUCUGUUCCUAAAAUGUGAUCCGAAUGUACUGUAUACAUGGCAGUAACAAAAGUGUCCGUUAUGUCUCUGGCGCACACCUGACACAUCUCUGGACCGGCGGCGACAUAAUGGAUGUCUUAUCACUAUCGGGGAUUUUAAAUUUGAUUUUAAUGAAAGCACAGCAGGAGAGAGCUUUUCUCUGCCUGCUCCUUCAAUUAAGAAGGAGGAGGACAGCGCAGCAACGUCAAUUUCUCGUCAGAUCUUUAUAUUUACCCCAAGCUCCGCCGCAAACAAGAGGAAUUUGGAUGCGAGUCCGCAGCCAAGACUGGUGGGAGAGAGUGGUCUUACGGGAAUUUAGUGACCAGGAAUCCUCGAAGGUCAAAUUGCGAACUACUGCAGCUGCCAUCUCUCUAAGUUAAGAAGUAUUUUAACGUUCAGCCUGCAAAAGUACUAGUAGUAGCCUACUCAUUUACAGUUAUCGAACGCGAACACAAUAAACACCCAUGUCCCGUCGCUUAGCACCCGGUCACGCUUACCAGACUACUUUAACGGAGUGAUAACAAAGACUUGAAUCAGGCAAUAAAUCCACUUUCCUUGACAGUCAAGUUCGGUGUGCUUAAAAGUACCGACGGAGCUCAGUGGACCAAUUGCGAACUACUGCGGCUGCUCUAAGUUAAACCCCAAUCUAUUCGGAAUAAGUGUAUACAUGGCGAUUAAAACGGACUACACCACCUCUUCUA